AUGAACAUGCUUCGUAUAAACACGAUCUUGUAUUUAUUUGCAAGCUUGUGUUUACUUUAUGUUAACUGUGAAGAUGAACCAGGUGUGACUGAGAAGGAACAAGUACAGCCAAAGACAGUAACCACGGAACCCGAGCCCGCAAAUGAACACACUAAACCAGUAAAGAAGGUUUCAGUAACAGAAAUAAGCUUUGAUAGCUUAGUAGAUGAUUUGGUAUGGUGUGGUCCAGAUCAUACGACCGUUUUGCUAAAAACUUCGUCAGGUAGAUUAUAUCGUUCCACAAACUCGGGGAAACAAUGGAAUGAGGUUACAAAUCUGCUGUCUGGAACUACAAGAUCCGAGUCGUUUCAUGUAGACUCUUUGAUGGUUUGUGAAACUGAUAAAAAUGUCCUGGUUGUUCUCGGUGAUGGAAACCUUCAUUUCAUUUCUUCAGAUGCUGGUAAGAACUUUAGACCCCUUGGGUUUACUGGUCCAGUCAAUAUGUGGACAUUUCAUCCAACAAAAGCUUCAUGGGCUUUAUUGAGCACAUGGGAGGGUAACUGUUUAUCAACUAAUUCAGGCGAGGAUUGCACACAUUCUCUAUUUAUAACGAAGGAUUUGGGUCGUACAUUUAGUAGAGUUAGCAGAUAUGUUGCACAGUUUAGUUGGGGAGAUGUACAACAUAAGAGCGAAGACCGCAUCUACUUUAGUAGGUAUCACAUGGAAAGUGGUGAUCAACCAAAGCAAGAUGGAUGGAAUGAUUCCAUAUCAUUUAGAUAUACCGAUGAUUUCGGAGAAACUACCCAUGUCCUAGUUAAAGGUGGAAAUAAGUUCUUGAUUUCUGGUGGGUAUAUUUUUGUUGCCCAAGUGAUUGACACAGCUAGACAAACAGUAAAUCUCUUUGUUAGUACAGAUAACGGUUUAACUUUCAAUAAGGCAAUUCUACCUACUGAACUUGAGGAAAGAAGCUAUACUAUUUUGGAUACAUCUGAAGGAGCUGUUAUUAUUCAUGUUAGUCAUACAUAUGAAGGAAAUGACGUUGAAGUUGGUAAUGUAUACAUCUCCGAUGCUAGUGGACUGAAAUAUACGCUUUCUCUCCCAAACAAUAUUAGGGCUGCCUCUGGAGAAUGUGAAUUUGAUAAAGUUUAUUCUCUUGAAGGUGUAUAUAUUGCAAACUUUAGGGAUGAUUCCGGUGGUAUACUCAACCCUAAAGAUAAAUUUAAAAGUCCCUCGGGCAACAUGACGCAAAUUGAUAAAAAGAAGAAAGGAGGACAUCAUAAUAAGGUGGAACAAAAUAUAAGGACGGUCAUCUCAUUCAAUAAGGGAGCAGAGUGGAAUUACCUGACUCCACCCAAAUUAGAUUCCAAUGGAAGAGCUUAUAAUUGUGAUCAAGGAAAAUGUUUCCUUCAUUUACACGGUAUAACACAGUUCAGAAAUUUUGCUCCCUUCUACUCGGUUGAAAACGCCGUUGGACUCGUUCUGGCGACUGGAAAUGUAGGAGAUAGACUUAGCUUUGAGCCCUCAGAAGUAAAUACAUUCUUGUCCAGAGAUGGUGGUUUAACAUGGACUGAAGUACACAAGGGUGCCUUCAUCUAUGAGUUUGGUGAUCAUGGCGGUUUGAUAGUUAUGGCUGAAGACCAGCGUAAAACUCGUGAGGUAGUUUUCAGCUGGAAUGAAGGAGCAAACUGGUUUGACUUUUCAUUGAGUAAGCAUGAACUAAGUGUAAACAAUGUAGUCAUUGAGCCUACUGCUUCAUCCCUAGAAUUUUUGUUAUACGGAAAUAGAAAUGGUAUCGGUGUUAUAUUUCACCUUGAUUUUGCGGCACUUGGUCAACCUCCAUGUAAAGGUAUUUGGGCUAUUGAUUCGUCUUCUAGCGAUUACGAAACAUGGACACCAACUGAUAAGUUGGGUAACGAAUGCUUAUUGGGUAAAAAGGUCACAUACAAACGCAGAAAACAAUCCUCUGAGUGCUUCAACGGAAAAGACUUCAAGAAAAGUAUUGACAGACAGGUUUGCAGCUGUACAAGGCAAGACUAUGAAUGUGAAGUUGGAUUCACUAGGAGUGUCGGAAGUGACGUUUGUAAAAUCGAUGGAACCUAUCUUAUGCGUGAAGGAUGUACCAGUUCUAGUUUCUUCUAUACGAACGCAUAUAGAAAGGUUCCAGGAGACGUGUGUGUUGGAGGUUGGAUACCAGAGCUUGUUGCUGUUCCAUGUCCUCCUCACUCUCCGCUUUCUAAAGGGUCAAAGGCUGUUUUAACUUUUAUACUCUUAUUAGCAUUCGUCAUGAUGACGGUUGUUUACAUUUCUCAAAAUGAACGCUUAAAGCACGUGUUCCAUAAUUAUGGAUUUAAAACUUACGAAUAUGUACCUUAUUCUCCCCUCAACUCCAAAAAUUCACAAAAGGGAGCAUACAAUUUGGGAGGUAGAUUUGAGCCUGAACUGGGAUUUAUUGAUGCAGAACAAGAACAUGAAGAAGCACCUACGCUCUUAAACUACCUGGGAGAUAAUUCGCAUUCUACUAGUUCCCAUAGAAAUGGGCAAAAAAAUGAUAAUAAAACCAUUGAACUACUCUAA